UUCAAUUUAUUUUUCUAUUUAUUUUUAUUGCAUUUCACCAUAGUUUUCUUCGCCAAAUGACGGCACAAGAUACAAAAAAAUUCCCCAAAUAAAUACCAAUCACAAUUACAUAUACACUUACAAUCAACGAUAUGGCCGGCGACCGCCACCGUCCGCCGCCGCCGCAAGUGGCGGUGGUAAUGGUUCCUCUACCAGCACAAGGCCACCUGAACCAGCUCCUCCACCUCAGCCGCCUCAUCGCCGCCUACUCCAUCCCCGUCCACUACGUCUCCACCGCCGCCCACCUCCGCCAGGCCAAGCUCCGCCUCCACGGCUGGCACCCCGCCACCGUCCAUUUCCACGACUUCCCCAUCCCCAAAUUCGAAUCCCCAAUCCCCGACCCCAACGCCGCCAUUAAAUUCCCUUCCCACCUCCAGCCCCUAUUCCGCACCGCCGCUUCCCACCUCCGGCAGCCCCUCGCCGCCCUCGUCCGCCGCCUCGCCCUAUCCUCCCGCAGAGUCGCCGUCAUCCACGACUCCGUCAUGUCCUCCGCCGUCCAGGACGUCGCCGCCGUCCCCAACGCCGAAUGCUACACUUUCCACCCGAUCUCCGCCUUCUGCGCCUUCUGGUACUUCUACGAUUCCCUCCAAAAACCUUUCCCCGUCGACAAUGUCGAUGCCCAAUUAGUCCCCUCCCUCCAAGACUGCUUCCCCUCCGAAUUUCUCGACCUCGUCCAAUCCGAACAGAUCCACCUCCGAUCGAGCUCCGGAAACCUCUUCAACUCCUGUCGGAUCACCGAAGGUCCGUUUCUGGAUUUAAUCGACAAACUGUUCGAACACGAGAACCAAUUAAAAUGUUGGGCCCUAGGGCCAUUCAAUCCGGUAGUUAUAAACCCGCCGGAAAAUGGAUCGAGACACGCCUGCCUGAAAUGGCUGGACGGUCAGGCCCCCAAAUCGGUGGUCUACGUCUCGUUCGGGACGACGGUUUCGCUGCCGGAAGAACAGAUCGCGGCGGUGGCGGCCGGCCUGGAAGAGAGCGGAUUGAAAUUCGUGUGGGCCCUGAGAGAUGCCGAUCGUGGCGAGCUCGAAAUGGAUUGCGGCAAUGGAAGAAUUAAGGAUUUGAAAUUAGGGUUUUCAGAAAGGGGAAUUUUGGUUAGGGAUUGGGCGCCGCAGCUGGAGAUUUUGCGACAUCCGGCGAUCGGAGGGUUUCUGAGCCACUGCGGUUGGAAUUCGUGCACGGAGAGUUUGUCGGCCGGCGUGGCGGUGGCGGCCUGGCCGAUGCAUUCCGAUCAGCCGAGGAACGCGGUGCUGAUGACGGAGGUGCUCAAGGUUGGGGUGGUGGCGAGGGAUUGGGCGGAGCGGCGGGAGAUUGUGCCGGCGGGGAGGGUUUCGGCGGCGCUGAGGAGGUUGAUGGAGGAUGAGGCGCUCCGGCGGAGGGCGGAGGAGGUCGGCGUCUCUGUCAGGGACGCCGUGCUCCGGGAAGGUGGAGCCACGCGCCGGGAGAUGGAUGCGUUCGUUACUCAUAUUAGGAGAUAGAUCAUUUUAUGUAUAACGAUAUAUAGCUAAUUGAGCUUAUUAAUAAUUAUUUAAGAUUUUAUUAAUAAAGGUUAUAAUCA